AUGGCCGCCUACCUCCGGAGUCUUGCGGCCUUCUGGCUGGUUGCCAAUGUCUUCGGAUUCGCCCAUGAGCGCUUCGUAGCGGUCGAGACCGGCGGUGUCUUAUCGCCGCGGUAUUACCCCAUUUCCCCGGGGCGGCCGCUCUGGAAACGACAAGGUGCCAGUUUCUGCGAAGACGCGAACUCUCAUCCGUGCGAUGAAAUCGGACAACCUGGCGCUGGUAUUUGCUGUCCGAAUGAUCAAUACUGCAUCGUCGAUCCAGGCGAUUCAACCCGCGGAGCAUGUUGCUUCCUCGGUUCAGACUGCGGCUCCCCCUGCGGCACGUCGCGGUACGAAUGCAGCAGCACCACAACCAUAACCGGCGGCGGCAUCACGACAACCUCCAUCGUCCACGAAUGCUGCGCACGUGGGUGCACCAACCCGGCCCUGUUCCGCUGCCCCCAGGAUCUCGGCGGCGGCUGCUGUUCCUGGGGCGAGAGCUGCGGAACCGGCGGCCAAUGCCUCUCCCCGGUCACCUCGAGCCCCUCGCCUCUGCGCACCCCGGCCCCGGCGGGCUGCACGACUGGCCAGAUCUCCUGCCCGGCGAGCCUCCGCGGCGGCUGCUGCGCCACCACGCAGAGCUGCACGCUUGUCGACGACCAGCCCCACUGUGCCGACAUCACUCACGCGCCGACCGGUAGCGGCGUCGGGGUAAUCAGCGGAGACAACGGGCUCAGCCCGGGCGCCAAGGGCGGAAUUGCGGUCGGCGUGGUGGUCGGGUGUGGGCUCAUCUUUGGGGCGCUGACGUGGUGGUUUGUGCGGCGCCGGAGGGAGAGGCGGAGCGAAGGCGGCAGCAGCUCGCACCGGCCGCGGCCGACUGGUGUCAUUGGACGCGUGGUAGGAGGAGGGGGAGGAGGAGGUGGGCGGGAGAUGACUGAGGACGGGUCUGACAUGCUGUCACGCAGCGGGGGUCGUGUAGCGGGUGGCGGAACGCAGGACUAUUUCGGCCCGGAACCGGCCAUUGGACCUUACUCGGAAACUCAUACCACUUCGCCCAUGACCACGCCCGGGUUAGAGCGGGAACGGGGCGGCGUCCCCGUCCAGCCGCUUGAGCCGGACGAUAUUGCAGUCCCCGUGGAGAUCGACUCGCGCAUGGCCGGGCGGCCUGAAAUGGCAAGGGCGCCGGCUACGUCGACGAGCGGCGCAGCUAUCAGCGACCUGCACUCUAGAGACGCUGGGAAUGAACGGUAUGAGUUGUACGGGUCUGACCCCAGUCCUUCGCUGUACCUAUCUUCUCCUUCACCUUGA